GCCGCCUCGAUUAAAGGACCGCACUCCCUCGCCCGUGUUCCUUCGUGCUCUAGCUGACGACUGUCAUUCUGUCAUCUUUUUAGGUAUGGUAGAGGAUAGAAAGUAUGAGAUUCCAAGCCGUAUCGAGUGCGACGGAUAUCGAGGUACGUUGAAAUACGUCGGACCCGUUGGGAACACCAAGGGCGAGUGGUUCGGCGUGGACUGGGACGAUUCGACUCGUGGCAAGCACAAUGGCACGUACGAAGGAGUAGAGUAUUUUCAAGCCAGACAUUCCACAUCGGGCUCCUUCAUACGACCGGGCAAAGCCAAGUUUGGGAUAUCUUGUCCGCAAGCCAUCAAAAUGCGCUAUGGGCUAAUCGACGACGAAUUGGCCGGCAUAGACAGGGACGAGGUGUCGAGUUUGAGGAAAGAGAUCAACGCACCGUUUUUAGAGCUCGUUGGCUUCUCCAAGGUGAACAAGAAACAGAGCAAGUUUGACGAACUGAAAAUAGUGUGGCUGAGGGAACAGUGCGUAUCCGAUGCGGGUGGGCCAAGGGAAUUGGAAGAAUUGUGUCCUAAUUUGGAGGAACUGGAUUUGUCUAGAAAUUUAAUAAAUUCGUGGAAAAUCGUUGCAGAUAUAUGCUCGCAGCUUCGUUCUCUGACGCGUCUUAAUGUCAGGUGAGCCCUACAAAAUUUCUUUAUUUUGACUC